AUGACUAAGAAGAGAAGAAAUGGCGGCCGCAACAAGCACGGACGAGGCCACGUCCCCUUCGUUCGUUGCUCCAACUGCGCUCGAUGCGUCGUGAGUCACCAUCUGGAGUCUCAAGCCUAUCCUCUCGACUGAAGUCACUGACAAGCUGUCAUCUCCCUGCUUCGCUUGCGAUUCUCACAGCCCAAGGACAAGGCCAUCAAACGCUUCACGAUCCGCAACAUCGUUGAGGCCGCGGCGGUUCGUGACCUGAGCGACGCCUCGGUGUACGCUGGUGAGUAUCGCUGCUUGCGUAGAUGUCCAAGCGGGGAAGUGAGGUGGCAGAAGGUCAAGGCGGCGACUGUGAGGAGGUGCGGCGGAUGACAUGGAGAGGCGCGAGAUUGUGGUAUCAGGAUGCAUGGGGCUGGGCAUACCAAUGAGACGCAAGCGGCUGUCUGAAGAGGAUGCUGUGACUAGCCUAGCCGAUCGCCAGCCACUGGGCUUCAUCGCGCACAUGCUCAUCACCAAAGACGGUCUUUUAUUUUCCUUUCAACAGAGUACGCUCUGCCCAAGCUCUACUUGAAGAUUCACUACUGCGUCUCCUGCGCCAUCCACGCUCACGUCGUGCGUGUGCGUUCGCGCGAGGACCGUCGCAACCGCGAGCCCCCUGUUCGCGUUCGCUACAACAAAGACGGCAAGAAGAUCAACCCUGCCGUUGCUGCUGCACAAGACCGUGCUCGCACUUGA